CCUGUUGCAAAGAUACAAGCACCAUAAAAUAUACACAGUCACUCACUUACUUACUCACUCACUCUGAUAUUUUAACUCUCAGCAACUCAACAACUUAACGGCUUCGCUUUUUGUAACUCUUCCUUUCAUUUUCAUUUGGUUUUUGGAUAUAGACAAGCUAACAUUGUUUUUCGUGUGCUCGUGUUGCGGGAAUAUUGUAUGCAUAGCAUAUUUGGAGAUAGCUUAAAACAUACUUCUAUGCCAUAGGAAUAGACACAAACCACAGUUUUCUGCGAGACAAUUUUUUUUUAUAAAUCGCUAUUUAUGUUUUUACGUGUUGUUUUACGUUUUCUUGUUUGGAAAAAUUGAAAAAUAAUAUGUGUGCUGAAAUUUUAUUAAGUAAAGUUUAAAUGGAAACAAAUCACGUGCGAUUUAAGAUCCCGAACAUUGCUAAUUCUUGCUUACAUUAAGAAUUACAUAUUUGUGCAAUCACUGGAUUUAUUGACUUUUCGGAUUUAUUUAUCAAUUACAUAAAUCUCCAUUUCAUGGACCAUUGGAGACACACGAAAAGAAGAAAGAUGAAGAUCAUAGAUUACUACUUUCUCGUUGGGCUUUUCUUGAUUUCCGUCGAUCAGACAUUGCAGCUAACUGCAAAUAUCAAUAAAAAUGGAAACAGACAUCCUUCAUAUAGUCUUCAAAAUAUGCCCAAAACUGACUUCUCAUGUCGUGAAAAAAUAUUGGGUGGCUACUAUGCUGAUCCAGAGACACAAUGUCAAAUGUUUCAUAUUUGCGUAAAAAUUGCUGGCGUCGGGGUGCAAGAUUUUAGAUUUUUGUGUCCAAAUGGAACUGCAUUCGAUCAAGAGGCUCAAACUUGUGCUGAUUUUGGUGAUGUUGAUUGCGAUCAAGCUACAUUAUUUUAUGGUAGUGAUAACUUUGAUCUAUAUCGCAUUGGGUCGGGAUUUGAACGCAAGCAACCAACACCAGCCACAGAAGAUGAAUCGACAUUUCAUUUGCAGCGGUCUGAAUCAAAUGAUAUUCGAAGAAGUAAGCAACCUAUUGUUGUUCAAAAUGCUAUAUAUAAUAUGGGAUCAUCGUUCAAUCAAAAACAAUAUGAACUGAGUUCAGUGAAGCCAGCUUAUCAAUACCAGUCGCCAAAAAUAACGACAACGACAACGACCACGACACCACGUACAACUCUGACCACUCGAAAGGUCACAACAACAGUACCUUUUUUCAUCAGCAAGCCUCUCACACCACUUGUUUCAGUUCCAACAAACUCAAAUAACAAUGACGAAAUAUUCAAAGGUAGCCAUUCUUCAAACUUUUAUAGUAAUCGAAACAGUAACGAUGAUGAUGACGAUUAUAAGCGACACACAAUAAACAACUCAGCGAAGAAUCGUCAUCGAUCACGUGGCCGAAUUCAAUAUCGUGGAACUUCUGCGACUACAAGUUCCACCACAUUUAAACCACCCGUUGUUCAAAAUUAUACAACUUUGACACCUUUCACCGCAAAAUCUACGACACAAUCUCCACAAUUCAAGUUUACAUUCUCUUCUACGGUUAGAGCAAAUUCAUUAUCACAUGCUCAACUUGGACCCUUACAACAACAGUUUUCAAAUUAUAAUAGUAAUAAUUUCGACAGUUUUAAAGUACAUUCAACGACAUCUGUGCCAGUUUCAUCAUCACAAAGAAGCAAUUUCCGAGCAAAUAGCUUCAAUAAUCCAAUUACGACUCAAUCAACAUUCAAUGUUGUCCCGCUGAGACAAGUGGUGUCUGCGCCAACACCUUUCAAUAGUAAUCAUCUUAAUGUUAAAAAAUUUGAAGGGACCAAUGUAACCGAUAAGUCUUUAGCGAUUAGUACUGUUUAUACAAACAGUAAUAUUUAUAACAAUAAUCUGUACAAUUCGAAUUCAUCGAACAUUUCAUCGAGUAGACAACAGAAUGCACGUGUAUUUGAUAAUCAUAAUGUAAUUAAUAAUUAUCAAACGACGAGUCCUUUCUCCAAUCAACGUAUAAUGGCUAAUCAUCUCACAACAAACAAUACAGUUUUACGUCCAACUUCCACUCUUGCAAAUACAGUCGGUUCAGCGACGUUUACUCAACAAAAACCAUCGAAUACAAGUAGUUUUUAUCCAUCAAGUCAAAAUUCUGUCACAACAACAGUGCAACCACCAUCAAUACCACAAUCUCAAAUUGCACACAAUUCGUUGCCACAAGAACGACCCAAUUUUAAUCAACAAGAUUUGAUCAAUCAAUUUAAUUUAGAACAACGCAAAUUAACACAGCAGAAGCCUUCUCAAAAUAAUAAUAAUAAUAACAACAACAACAACAACAACAACAACAUCAAUAAUAUACAAAAUAACAAUCAACGGCCAAGCGAUGCUCAAACUUACCUUAGUUUAGAGCAAAAGCGACUGCAAUUGCAUUAUGAUAUUAAUGACUACUUGACUACAGAUAAACAAAUAUCCCCACAAUACUCACCAACUUCCGAGCAACAUAGAUCCGUUCAACAAGUUCCGAAUUCAAAUGUAAAAGCAUUGCAGUCGAAUCAGUUCUUGACGCAAAAGAGUCAAGAGCCCUUUAUUUCUACAACAGCCAAAAUAAAUAGGUUAUCAAUUGAAACUAAUUACAAUCAACAAUAUCAAACCCAACAGGAUCGACCAUCCCAAUCUUUAAAUCAUAAGCUUAAUACACAAAUAAGCGAUAAAAAUGUUCAUAAAACAACAACCAAACAAAUCAGCAGCAAUAACAAUAAUAUAAUUUCAACAUCCACUAAGAAAUUCUCCACGCUUGUUCCAAAAGAAAAUUACGCACCAACUACAUUUAAGCCAUUAUUUUACUUUAAUGUGGCCAAACAAAUAAAUGAUAAUUUGAGCACGCCGACAAAACCUAAAGCUAUUAAUGAUGACUUGAUAACGAGUACGACGUUGAGAUCAAAUCCAAUUAAUCCCAUAUUUAAUCGAAAUCCAGACUUUUCACAGUUUAAUUUUAAAGAACCACAGUCGAAUAAACAACAAACAUUGCAUUUACAGCACCAAGCUUCAAAACAGCCACAAAAAAAUGUAAGUGAAAUUGACGAAAAUGAUGGACAGUAUCAUGCAGAGUUAUAUGAGAGAGAUUUUGCACGGUAUAAAAUUAAAAAUCGGAAAAAGCAACAACAGACAUUACAACAUUCGUUGAAACCAAUUUAUACGAAAAAUGAAAAUGGUAUUGGUACAACCAACAAACAGCAACAUAACUUAAACCGUGGUACACAAAAGAGUUUUCGCAAUAGUGCAGAAGAAGAAUUCUUGAAUACAGCCCAUUCACAGAAUAUUGCGGCAAGUGGAAAUGAACUAUGGGCCCAUUCAAAAAAUUCGGCCAACUCAAAACAAUCCAAUGUACCACCAAAAGUAUCAACAACAAAACUACCAUCGAUUAGUUCCCAUGAAAAAAAGUCCAUAUCAAAAGAUGAAAAAGAUGUAAGUUACGAUUAUGCUUAUUAUGAUUCAGCGAACGAUACACCACAUGACUAUUCGGAAUUCGAUCUGCCUGAUUUCGGGAAAACACAGUAGGGAUUCACUACAAAAACGAAGAUAUGUGUUUGCGUAGUAGCAAAAGAAUAAUGGAACGAUCUGCAAAAAUCUAUGAAUGAUGUCUAUACAAAAAUAAAAUUGUUUUAUUAAGUUAAGACAUUAUCAUACAGAUGCCAAUUACACAAAACUUCAUUGUAUUAGAAGGUAUUUAUGCCAUUUCAAAGUGAUUCGAUUUUACUUCCCAUGCAUUUUAAAAUUCUAAGUUUCACAUGACAUUCUUGUUAUUGAAUGAUUUUAAUCCAAAAUUGUAAUAUAAACGAAAAACAAACCAUUUAAAGAAGAA